GCCAUUUGCAGUGCAUCAUGGGAUAAAAAUGUGUACAAAGAUGGCUAACUGCUGCUAAUUCGCCGGUGACAACUGGAAAUAAAUAUCCAUUUGACAUUUUUUCCAAGUAGUUGUGGUGUCGUUACAUAUAUGAUGUGGUGACUGUAGCAUCUUGUCGUUAUGUCAACCAGAGCGGAACGCAGGGUUUCCAGCUCCUCAUCCAGGACAGAUGAAAGGACGAGGUCAGGGAGCAGAGGAAGAGGAAAAAAGAAACGGAAACGAAGCCGUAGCAGAUCAUCUUCGUCAUCUUCUAGCUCGUCAUCUUCACCCUCCUCUUCCUCCUCCAGUUCUCACAGCUCUUCAAGUUCAUCGCAUUCAUCAAGCAGCACCAGAAGUAGCUCUAGCAGCAGUGACUCUCGCAGUAAAUCCAGAAAGCAGUCCAAGAGAAGGAAAAAGGAGAAGCACAAAAAAAAAGGGAAGAAAGAGAAGAAGCAAAAGCGUAAAAAAGACAAGAAAGCAAAAGGAGGGGAGGACAAAUCGGGACCUGUUCAGAUUUCUAAGUAUUUAAAAGACAGAGACAAAGGCAAGUACAGCAUGAUUUCAGGGAAGAAGAUAAAGAUGAAAGUAAAGAAGUCAAAAAAAGACAAACAGCGUGAUAAAAAUCGAGCAGAACUUCUCGACUUCUUGAACUCUACCCUGUGAAGCAGCCGUGGACGCCCCCCUUGUUGGUCAAAGGUGGCAACGUCUCCAGGACUCAGGAAAUAGCUGCUCCCACUUCCCCUGAGCGAAGGACAGGCAAUAAACAGAAGUGAUUUUUGUUUUUUCACCACAUAGGGGCAGCAGCGAACUGGAUCCGAUGAGGGACCUGUCUAUUCUCUGAAGUUCAGAUUCACUCAGUUCACUAACUACAUUUUCACCUUGUUGCUGUGCAGGUGGUUACCUUGGGUCCAGUGUAAGAACUGUUAUGUAGAAAGUUUUGUUUUUGAUCAGAUGUUGUUUGUUAACUAUGCUUUAGGUUGAAACACCAUUUAAACGCCUAAUCCACCAGUUCAGCAUGUUUGAAUCUGAUGACCAAAUCAAACACAAACCUGUCUGAGUCAUGGAAAUGUUUGCUUUGUGUGCAAAUAUCUUUUCAGGGCCUGACAUCUAUUUCUGUUUAAAAACAAAAAGAAAUUCUUCUAUAAAGUUAGAACUCUAUUUUUAAAAAUAUUUUUGACCAACCCUUUAAAAUGGCCAAAACAUUCAUUUUAGAAAAUUGAUCAUUAAGUUUCCAGUUGUGUUUGACGUAUUAAUGGUGUUCUGUUCCAGUACGUCUGUUGGGGAAGAAAAAGCAUUUUUUGUUAGUUUUCUUUGUAUGAAACCAGUUUGAAUCGAUGUUUGUAAGAUGGUGCGUACAAAUCCAUUUGUACAGUGUGGCGAAGGGACAGCAAAUAAACCGCUGGCGAGAUUUCACUCAAAAAGAUUUUA